AUGGUCAACCAGACCAAUCUUAGACUUAGUGAAGAGUCUGAAAUCCAUCACAAUCUUAGUACUCAUGAAAUAGAACAUGAGCAAGGUAUUGAAAGUGAUUCUGAAAUUUCUGAAACUGAAACCCGUGGUCCAACAUGUAUGAAAAGUAUUUUGGGUCGGCCUCUUCACCUUCCAAAAAUUCAUGUUGAGUAUAAUAACAAGGGUGAUCCUGUUGAUGGCGAGUGUAGUAUGCUUAGUCAUUUUUUGGGUUCAAUAGCAAGGAAUUGUCAGUAUUGUCCAAUUAGUGUGAAGGAUUGGCGUAAUAUAGAGAACAAAGAUGAGAUUCUUGUUAUUGUGAAGAUUUUGAGUUAUGUUGGGAAAAAAUGGAGAAGUUGGAAGAAUCGACUGAAAGCUAAAUAUUGGUAUGAAGCUUCAGUGGAAGUUCUAGUGGACCAAAGGGAUGCUAGAGUCACCGCUGUCGAAUGGAUGAAGAUUUGUACUUACUGGAAUAGCGAUGUUGCAAAGAAAGUGAGUCGAAAUAGAAAGAAUGCUAGAGCCAAAAGGGUGAAUUAUAAAAAAACUGGGCAAACUUCCUUUGCUCGAGUUGAAUAUAAAAUGACAAAGAAAAAUGGACAACCCCCAAACCGUGUUGAGUUGCUUCGUGCAUGCUUCCUAAAUCGUAAUGGGGACUCCAAUUGCACAAGAAGCACAAAUGGAAAUAUGCAGGAAGACACCAAUAAAUCCCAAGAAGAUGUUGAUGAUCCAAUUGAUGAAGAUGAUGAUCCAAUUCAUCAGGAUGAUGUAUUUGCUCAAACCAUUGGGCAAGACCAGUCUAAUACCAUGCAAAUGACUAGUAAAGAAAUUAGCCAAUCAAAGACUCGCGAGACAACUGAAAAUACAUCCAAGCGUUUAAGAAUUGAGGAACAAGGUGACGCUGGACAACAAUCUCUCACAUUACAGGUUCCCCCAAACCAAAAAACAGCAGUUCCCACUCUUAAGGUUGGAUCAUAUGUUUCUCUGAAAAGUGUAAGUGAUCCCACAAAAAUUGUUGCUAAAGGAUCCAUUGAAAGCAUGGACCCAAGUAAAGAUGUAGGCGGACACAUUCUGGGUCCAAAUUGGUGCGAAGUAUUUGUGGCGGUGAGCAUCGUUCAUGAAGAACAUUUAUUUAGAGGUUAUGGUAAAUUUCAAAAGAUUGGAGAUGUAACGGGGGAAAUGAUCGCUUGGCCAUGCACCUUCGUAUGUUUCUCAUCCUUCCAAAUCAUGUUGAUACAUUAA